GGGACGGCUUAUGGGGUCGGCUUGAUGGCGAGGCAUACGGUCAUGGUCGGUGCCCAUAGGGACGAUCCAAUGGGGCUCCGUUCUGCUCACUCGCUGCUGCCCAAUCAGGUGACGGUGCCGCAGCUCCCCGUCCAAUCAGCGACGUCGCCCGAGCUCAAUCACGGCCACGAUCCGUAUAGGGGCCUGGCGUCCGGUUUGCAAGGUCAGAGCGUGUCGUCGGGCAGCUCGGAGCUGAAAUCGGACGAUGAAGGCGGCGCCGACGAGAAUCAUUUGCACGAGGCCAAAAGCGGCUGCAACAGCAACAGCAGCAACAACGGCAGCGACGACAAGAAGCCGGAGGACGACAAGAAGGAGCUGAAAGCAAUUACGAGGUCAAGGUCUAGCAACCCGGAAGAGGAAGACUUAACCCCGGAGCAAAAAGCAGAGAGGGAAAAGGAGCGACGCAUGGCCAACAAUGCAAGAGAGAGACUGAGAGUGAGGGACAUCAACGAGGCCUUCAAGGAGCUGGGCAGGAUGGUGCAGCUGCAUCUGAAGAGCGACAAACCGCAAACCAAGCUGCUCAUCCUGCAUCAGGCCGUGGCCGUCAUCCUCAGCUUGGAGCAGCAAGUCAGAGAGCGCAACCUGAACCCGAAGGCGGCUUGUUUGAAGCGUCGGGAGGAAGAGAAAGUGGGGGAGGGGGGAGGUCCAUAUCGACGACGGAGCGACUUCCGCCCCCCCCUAAUUAGUUAA